GCGUCUACCUAAUAUAGGUAUGUUCCAGGCCAGGUUCACGAUACCGCGGACGACGGGACCACUGACAGGGCAGAAAGUGACCAAACAGAGUGCCAAUGCCCAGACUGGCCAACGAUUCUAGGAUGGACCUGGAUAUGCGAUAAUAUGCCUGGAGAUGGACCCGAGGUGUGCUGUACACCGUUUGUGUGGUCGCUUGAGGUGGUGGUGAUGGCUUGGUAUGCAAGCUUUUGAUACACUAAAGGAUCUUGCCCAGCCUGUAGCCUCAGUGAGGAAUCGUUAUCACCAAUGAGAGGGGAAAGCCGCGCCUGUGGUCAGAUCAGCGAAUGACUGGGGCUCGCAAGUGCCCCAGGGUACCCCUCGCUACUAUCUAGACAGCGGCACCAGGUGGGGUAGUAGUGGUGGUUCAGCACUCCAAAAAAAGCACCGCCCCUCCAUUAUCAUAAGUCCCUUCACUAAGGAAAAUUCCCUCAAAACGUGUGAGUAGAAGGUUUCUACAUUGACUUCAGUUCCCCACGGAGACCCCACGCGCACCCCCAUUUCCUUAUAUAUAACUCGUGGCCUCGUAAAAGUUACUACUGGCUGCUCUCUUCACUACUACCUACACUACACCACCUCACUGAUCUAAUUUCCACCGUUAGUCUCGGUCCCGAAAGCUCUACUCCGUAGGCGACCCCUACCCCCACCAAGUGCUUUCCUGCACAGAAAAAAAAAGAGUUGAGCUCCCAAACUGACCCGGCUGGUGCAGACCAUUCCUGCACGAAUAAAUAACUCUCCCUCCCUCCUCCAACACCCGCCUCACACCCUUUCCGAUACGAUACCUACUCUACUUUCCUUGCUUGCCUUUGCCGCAAUCCCGCCUCCGUAUCCCUACUUCUACUUAAAUCACUCAUAACCCCGCCUCCCUCCCAACCCUCACCCUCCUCACCAACAUGGCUACCGCAAUGGAUCAUCUCUCCGCUGGUGCGACCAAGCUUGAAUGGAUCUCCAACCUCAAUACGGAUCUCAAGCCCGCAAAGAACUACCGCCGUACCUCCAUCAUCUGCACAAUUGGCCCAAAGACCAACUCAGUCGAGGCCAUCAACAAACUCCGAACGUCAGGUCUCAAUGUGGUCCGCAUGAACUUCUCCCACGGUUCAUACGAGUACCAUCAAUCAGUUAUUGACAACACCCGCGAGGCCGAGAAGAUUCAAGCUGGCCGUCAAGUUGCCAUUGCUUUGGACACCAAGGGCCCAGAGAUCAGAACUGGAAACACCGUUGGUGAUGCAGAUAUCCCAAUCGCUGCCGGUACCGAGAUCAAUAUCACCACCGACGAGAAAUAUGCCACCGCAUGCGAUGACAAGAACAUGUAAGUCAUCUACCCCCCGUUCGAUUUUCUGCUAAAUCGUCUGGACACGGCUAAUCUUUGGGAAACAGGUACGUUGACUACAAGAACAUCACGAAGGUGAUCGAGAAGGGACGUAUCAUCUACGUUGAUGACGGAGUUCUGGCAUUUGAUGUCCUUGAGAUUGUCGACGAGAAGACCGUUCGAGCUCGCGCACGAAACAAUGGCAAGAUUUCCUCCAAGAAGGGUGUCAACCUCCCAGAUACCGAUGUCGACCUUCCAGCUUUGUCCGAGAAGGAUAAGGCAGAUCUCCGAUUUGGUGUCAAGAACAACGUGGAUAUGGUCUUUGCAUCAUUCAUCCGACGUGGUGAGGAUAUCAAAUCUAUCCGAGAAGUUCUCGGUGAAGAUGGCAAGCACAUUCAGAUCAUCGCCAAGAUUGAGAACAGACAAGGUCUCAACAACUUUGCCGAGAUCUUGAAGGAGACUGACGGUGUCAUGGUUGCUCGUGGUGAUCUCGGUAUCGAAAUUCCAGCUGCAGAGGUUUUCGCUGCCCAAAAGAAGUUGAUUGCCAUGUGUAACAUUGCCGGAAAGCCAGUUAUCUGUGCCACUCAAAUGCUCGAGUCCAUGAUUUACAACCCUCGACCAACCCGUGCUGAGAUCAGUGAUGUUGGUAACGCCGUUACUGAUGGAGCUGACUGUGUCAUGUUGUCUGGAGAGACUGCUAAGGGUGAUUACCCCAACGAGUCGAUUCGCGAGAUGUCCCAGACCUGCUUGAAGGCCGAGAACACCAUCGCAUAUGUUUCCCACUUUGAGGAGCUCACCCAGCUUGCCCAAAGACCUGUCGGAAUUGUUGAGUCUUGUGCUAUGGCUGCUGUUCGUGCCAGUUUGGACAUGAAUGCCGGUGCUAUUAUUGUCCUCUCCACCAGUGGUGACAGUGCCCGACUUCUUUCCAAGUACAGACCAGUCUGCCCAAUUUUCAUGGUUACCCGAAACCCAAGUGCUUCCCGAUAUGGUCACUUGUAUCGUGGUGUUUACCCAUUCUACUUCCCAGAGCAAAAGCCAGACUUUAGCAAGGUCAACUGGCAAGAGGAUGUGGACCGAAGAAUUACCUGGGGUAUUGCUGAGGCUAUGAAGCUUGGUGUUUUGAGCCAGGGUGAGACCGUUGUCGUUGUUCAAGGAUGGAAGGGUGGUAUGGGUAACACCAACACGUAAGUUCCAAACACUUUACAUUGAGAUACCAUAGCUAACAUUCUCUGUAGUCUCCGUGUUAUCAAGGCUGAGAAGAACUUGGGACUGUCGGGUUAAAUUUGCCAAUUGCUGUUCCAAAAGAAAGUCAAAUUUGGUUGUUGAGCUACUUCACUCAGCGAUGCCCAGAUCACCAAUCCACUCUUCACGUCCGAAGGUCUAUAGUAUCUAUUCCAUGAAUGAGACGAAACAAAGCAGGGCCGGGGCAUAUCAGGAAUGAGGGCUCGCACGUAAUGUGUUAAUGAAGACGGUGGCAUAGAGAAAAUACCAAAUGAUUUGAUGCAAUUUUUGUAAUGAAUGGGAG